AUGACUAAAGAAGAGCUGAGCCGUCUUGCUGAGCACAAAUACUCUGCUAUAGACACGAGUUGGUUGGAUGAAUUUUGUAUGAAAUACUAUUGGGACUGGGUAGUGAAUUUCUAUCCGCUGUGGCUGGCUCCCAAUUUGUUAACAUUGAUUGGGCUGAUAGUGAACAUUGCCAACGUCUCCUUGUUAUCUAGCUACUGCCCUACUGCACGCGAAUCUGCUCCUUCAUGGGCGUAUGCUUCGGCGGCGUUGGGCUUGUUUGUAUACCAAACCCUCGAUGCUACUGAUGGCAAGCAAGCUAGACGUACAGGUGCAGCAUCGCCUCUGGGCGAACUGUUCGAUCAUGGCUGUGAUUCGAUAUCACAGGUAUUCGUCACCCUCAAUGCAGCUUAUGCUAUGCGACUUGGAGAGAUAAGAUGGGGGACUUUUUUCAUAAUAAUUGUAUCAGUAUCACUGUUUUACUGCGCCCACUGGAGUACAUAUUGUACGGGACAGUUGAGAUUUUCAGAUUUUCGAGUUUUUGAUGUCACCGAGGCUCAGACGACAAUCAUUUUCAUACUACUGAUCACUUCUCUUUUGGGAACGGAUGUGUGGACUGUUGGGGCCUUUGGUUACCAAUUACGACAUAUGCUUCUGCUAACAACAUUCCUUGUAGCUAUCUAUACAAGCAUGUGCCACCUCGGCGUUAUUCUCACAGGUGGAGUUGGAAGAAACGGGUCGACAGUUGCUGGUACUUCCGUUCUUUUCCCUGUCUGCCCACUUUUGGCGUCUAUUAUUCCAUUCUGCAUGAUAUACAGCAAAUCGCGAAGUGCUGUUUUCGACGAAAAUAUCACCAUAUUUGUGCUAUGCUUCGGUGCAGUAGCUGCCAAGGCAACAAACCGGUUGAUAGUGGGACAUAUGAGUCGAAGUGAACUCGUUUUAUGGGACUGGAUUUAUAUGGGACCAAUAGCGCUUAUGCUCAAUCAGAACUUUUUCUUCGUAGGUUCACGGCUGUUAGUUCGACUGGUCAAUCUUCAUUGUACUCAUAUUUUUUGGGCGACCAUGUCGAACUUGGAGAAGAUUCAGAAGCGCUGCGCUUUUGUUUUGCCGAAGAAAGGUCGGAACUGUCGCAUGCUAACUCGAGAGGGACAGAAAUAUUGCGGAGAACAUGCUAAUUUUCAAGAAGAUAAUGAGGACCGUAUACCAUGUCCCAACGAUCCCAGGCACACAGUGGAUCGUCGUGUACUUCAGCAGCAUCUUCUGAGGUGUAACUCACGCAUAGUAGAGGAGCAAUGGAUUGUGAAAGACGUGAAUGCGAUGGUAGGAGAAACGAAGUUCACUGCGAAAAUUGACAGAAGGCCAAGUGAAGAGGAGAUCGCUCGUACCAUAGAGAAGCUCCAACGUUGUUAUAGCUCCAUCUGCCACGAACUGGCAGUAGACCAGGCUCAUUGUGUAGAAGUUGAUAAACAUCUUGAACAAGCUUGCAACCUUUCUGAGAGUAAACGCAAGCAUCUUAUCCAGCAGAGUUCCAUAAUAGGUCAUCUGGAGCGCGUUGGUCUUCUAAGAAAUGAUUCCUCUGCUUGUAUUUUGGAACUUGGUGCAGGUAAAGCGCAUCUUGCGUACUGGAUGAUGAAGAGAGCUCCUCUGUCGAAGUUUCUUCUUGUUGACAGGAGCGGUGCUAGGAACAAAUACGACAACAGAGCUCUCCAAGAAAACCCUUCGUUGAAUAUAAAGCGGUUGCGGUGCUCCAUCGAACAUCUUAAUCUGGCGGAAGUGGACAUGCUCAAGUUGAAAUUUAGGAUGUGUCAAAUCUGUGCGCCGUCUGUAAGCACUUCUGUGGCACUGCGACUGACGCCGGCAUUCGAUGUCUGUCGAAUGUACUCCGGGCGAGAGUUCUUAGCUCUAUGGAAUAUGGACAGCGAAGGUGAUUUCGCUGCCUUACGUCACAUUGCUACAUGGGCUGUUUGUGGAUUUGGCAAGGUGAAUGCUGUCCGAGAAUCUGAAGCAGGUGCUUCCACCAUCGAUCAGCACAUCCACGAAUCCGUUGGCGAGGAUGGUGCAAUGGAUCACAAUGAACACCAGCCCUUUUAUCAAAUCGAGCUCUUUAGAGAACGGUACGGGCGAUGCAGUGAUGACUCCUUGAACGGUUCAGCUCCAAUCUAUCGCAUUUUCGUGCGGUCCCUUAAUCAUUUGACAUUUCGUUAUAGGAUGUCUUUCCUUCGAUCACGGUUCCUUAUAAACGCCAUACGAUAUGCUUCAAGUUCGGCUCGAAGCCGUGUAUUCCUUGAUGUCAAUAUUGGAGAUACACACGCAGGAAAGAUAACAAUAGAACUGUUCAAUGACGUUGUACCAAAGACUGCAGAAAACUUCCGAGCGUUAUGCACCGGAGAAAAAGGCAAGGGAAGAAGUGGAGUUCCACUUCAUUUUAAGGGCUCAGCGUUUCAUCGCAUUAUACCCGAGUUCAUGAUCCAGGGCGGGGACUUUACUCUGGGAGACGGACGAGGGGGUGAAUCUAUAUAUGGUCAUAAGUUCGAGGAUGAGAACUUUACACUAAAGCAUAGUGGUCUCGGAUGUGUUUCAAUGGCAAACGCGGGUCCAAACACAAAUGGCAGUCAAUUCUUUAUUUCUGGCCACACUUCCUUGGUACGAUUUGUUGAAGACAGCAUUGCGUGUAAAAGCAUGACUUACUUACAAAAGGCAGCUUGCAUGCGUCAGUACUGGAUCCACUGGGCAGAUAUAAUAUCGAUGAUAAUCUCUGAAAGAAUGAAAGUUCAAGAUUCAACUAGGCUGGAUGGCAAACAUGUCGUAUUUGGUCAAGUAACUGAUGGACUGAGUGUGGUGAAAAAGAUUGAAUCAAUGGGAUCACGAACUGGGAAGCCGAAGGAAAAGGUUACAAUAGUGGAUUGCGGAGAAGAGAAACUUGCAGAAGCUGAAGCAGCUUAG